AAACCAGGCGUGAUCCAACCCAAACCCCAAGUCCUCGCCAAACGCACCGGCCCGGCCAGCAUCAUUGUCUCCCCCCGCCAAAAAGGCAACCCAGUCCUCGCCGCCAUCAAAUCAAUGCCAUGGGAAUACGGCGACAUCCCUGCCGACUACGUGCUCGGUGUAACAACCUGCGCCCUCUUUUUGUCACUAAAAUACCACCGUCUCCACCCGGAGUAUAUUUACACCCGCAUCCGCAAUCUGCAAGGAAAGUACAACCUCCGCAUUGUGCUGGUGAUGGUGGACAUCCAAAACCACGAAGAGAGCCUGAAGGAGCUCUCGAAGACGAGUCUAAUCAACAACGUCACCCUCGUCCUCUGCUGGAGUGCGGUGGAAGGGGGCCGGUAUCUGGAACUGUUCAAGACGUACGAAAACGCCGCUCCGACGAGUAUCAAACAGCAUCAAUCAACAAGUUACAGCGAUCGCAUGGUCGAGUUCAUCACCACACCUCGGAGUAUCAAUAAAACCGACGCGGUGAGUUUGGUCAGCCAAUUCGGGUCUAUCCGUACAGCGGUCAAUGCGCGACAUGAAGACAUUGCUACGAUAGCCGGGUGGGGCGAGAAGAAGGUGCAGCGGUGGUGUACGGCGGUCAGGGAGCCUUUUCGCAUCAAGCGGGCGGCGAGACGGGGGCUCACGGGGCAGGAUUCGAUGGCGAUUGCGAGUCAGCCUAUGUCGAGAGCGGGAACGUUGAGUAGAGAUGUUACACGUGGGGAGAGCGAGUCGCCGAGGCCGACUUCUGCGGCGGGCAAUGCGGAUGCGGAUGCGAGGCCAAAGUCACGGUUGGGCGAGCAAGUGCCGCUAGGCAACGUCUUUUCCGAAGAGGACGACGGAAUGGCGCAGGCAGAUGCUUUGACGGGACCUGCCAUACCACCCGCAGGUGGUAAUGCUGGCAGCAACGCUCCAUCAGAGGCGAGCAAGAAGCGCAAACCGGAUGAUGAUCCACUGAAUGACGGCGUCAUGGCCGCGUUGAGCAAACUUCGUAAGAACGGAUGA